AUGGCUGGCGAGCAAGGGCACCACCGGGGAGGAGCGCAAGGAGGCGGCUACGCCGUCGGGGACGACUACAUGCGAGCCAUCCGCGGGGACGACUACAACUACGGCGGCCACGGCCAGAGCCAGGGCCAGGGCCAGAACCAGGCGGUGGCCGUCACCCUCGGGAAGGGGGUGGCCGCGGCAGCGGCGGCCGGGUCGAUGCUGUUCCUGUCGGGCCUGGCGCUGACGGGCACGGUGGUGGCGCUGGUCAUCGCGACGCCGGUGAUGGUGAUCUUCAGCCCCGUGCUGGUGCCAGCGGCCAUCGCCGUGGCGCUGCUGACCACCGGGUUCGUGUCGUCUGGGGCGCUCGGCGCGGCGGCCAUGGGCGUGCUCGCGUGGAUGUACAGGUACCUGUCGCGCGGGUCGUCCUCGCCGCCGGGAUCCGACAAGGUGGACCACGCCGGCGCGAAGAUCGACUCCAAGGCGCACGAGGUGAAGAAUUGGGCGCAGCAGCGCAUGGACCAGGCACGGACCCAGUAG